AUGUACCCCUUCACCAUCGGCAAGGGACAAAUUCUCUACCACGCCCCGUCCAACGUCGGCCUCGUCAGCUCCUCUUUGAACUGGCUCAAGAGGAGGCACCCUAUCAUCGUUCUCGCGCUUCUUGGUCUCUGGUUGCGGAUCCUCCAAGAGCCGAACUUUGAACGGCGGAAAGCUGGCUUGGCCUGGGUAUAUACCUCGCUCCUCAACGCAGGGGUGAUGGGCAGGGUCUUCCUCUUUAAUCGGCCGCACGAGAAGCAGAUCGAAGAAUGGCAGCAAUGGCCACCAGAGAAGUUGGAAGCGGUGCUCGAACACGGUCGGACUGGGGCGUAUGGACCAGCCAUCGAUGCCGCGCUGGCCGGCAGAUCACUCGACCAGCUUUUCCUUGACGCACGAAGGACUUGGCGGAGGCCCGUACGACAGGCCCCCGACUGGAAUCUCGUCUACCAGUGGCUUGUGAAGAUUGCCAACAAGUACGGUCUUACCCAGGACGACUUCGACUACUACUUCACCCUGCCCGCGCCGACCUCCUCCCGCUCAAAUGACAAGGUCUUCUACCCCUUUUCCGUUCUCUCUCGAGCCCAGGCAAAGGCCAUGUCGUGGGACUGGUGCUGUCUUUUCAAUGUUGCAGGACAAAUGCUUGACCGAAUGCGGCGACACUGCAACAAACAUGCGCAAGCCGAGGGGUACGGCGAGCACGAGAUGGAUCCGCUCCGCCUGAUCUAUUGGUGGGGGCAUCACCUUUGCCAAAAGGUCCAGAAGCUCAAGGUUCUGCCCUGGGCCGGCAACAUUCUUAAGGCGUCACUCUGCCGGGCCCGAGACCACGGCGUUGCCAUGCGGUUCGGGCUCAACUUGCCCAACAACGGCCAGCCUUUCGACCCGGUAGAACACUGGGACUUCUUUCUCUGCACUGUCACGAUCGACAGUCAGGCCACAAAUAUGGCUAUGCGCAACUUCGCGGCUGGUCUCUGGGAGAGCAUCCGCCAGAUGAUCAUGGCAGUGCAGCCGAGUCACACACACUGGCGACUGGACAAGGACUUGGGACUCCGCUCCUGGGUUGGUGAGUUCGAGACCGAGCCGCAGCCUCGACAACCGCCCGAACUCCCAUUCGAGAUCCCGCUCGUCCCGAUCGACUCCUGGCUUGGUGAGAGCACGACCCCCCCUUCCCUCCAAUGCACCAUGUGCCCCGAUGCCGGUGACUUCGCGACACCAGGGCUCUUGGUGCGCCACUACCGA